GCCAUAUUUGAGUUCCGGGUAGCCGGAGCGGCGAGAGUUGGGCUGGCGCUUGCCGAGUUUCUGUUCGGCUCGCGGAGGACGCCCGGAUGCACCAGAAGCAGGAAAUGGAGCCUGUGACCUUUGAGGAUGUGGCUGUGAACUUCACUCUAGGAGAAUGGACUAUGUUGGAUUCCAGUCAAAAGAAGCUCUACAGAGAUGUAAUGAAGGAGACCUUUAUGAACCUGAUCUCCAUAGGGAAAACAGAAGAAGAAGAUGAUGUUCAAGAAGAGUACCAAAAUUCCAAGGGAAACCUGAGGACACUGGUGGUUGAGAGACUCUGUAAAUAUGAUUAUGGUAGUCAGUACGGGAAAACCCACCAACAGAGUCCACAGCACAUUGUGAAUGAAAAAAUGUCUCCUGCAAUAACGGAGUGUGGAAGAGACAUCAUUGCUCAUUUACCCUCAGGUACGCACAUCAAACAGCAACCUGGAGAGAAGCCAUUCCAGUAUCAGGGACAUAUGGAGAAGGCGUUUAAACAUAAGAAAUGGAAGGAUUUUACUUAUUCUGAGUUGCUUCAGAUGCAUAAAAGCCCUCCUCUGAGACAGAAACCCUAUGAAUAUCAGCAAUCUGACGAAGCCUCUAGGAGUUUCACUUCCGAUCACGAUUAUGAGGGAACUUACACUGAAGAGAAAUCUUAUGUUUGUAAACAAUGUGGGAAAGCGUGGAGUGAUUCCUGUAGCCUCCUCUGGCAUGAAAGAAGUCAUAUUCAAGAGAAACGUCACACCUGUAAGCAGUGUGGAAAAGCAUUUAGUCGUCCGUCACAGCUUCACAAACAUGAAAGAAUUCACACCGGUGAGAAACCUUACGUGUGUGCACAUUGUGGAAAAGCCUUCAUCGAUCGCAGAACCUGUUACAAUCAUGAAAGAACUCACACUGGAGUAAAGCCCUAUGCUUGUAAACAGUGUGGGAAGGCAUUUCUUCGUUCCUGCCAGCUUCUCAUCCAUGAGAGAAUUCACACUGGAGAGAGACCCUUUGUAUGUAAGCAUUGCGGAAAAGCUUUCACCUACUCCAGUGCCUGUUACUAUCAUGAACGAAUUCACACUGGAGAGAAGCCCUGUGUGUGUAAGCAGUGUGGGAAGGCCUUUAAAUGUUCCGCAUACCUUCACAUACAUGAAAGAUCUCACAGUGGAGAAAAACCCUAUGUAUGUAAGCAUUGUGGAAAAGCCUUUGCUUAUGCCACUGGAUGUCACAAGCAUGAAAGAAUUCACACUGGAGAGAAACCAUAUAUGUGUGUGCAGUGUGGGAAACUCUUCACUUUCCCCAGAUCCCUUCACAUACAUGAAAGAUCUCACAGUGGAGAAAAGCCCUAUGUUUGUAAGCAGUGUGGGAAAUCUUUCACUCAGGGAACUUCUUUGCGAAGGCAUGAACGAAUUCACACUGGAGAAAAACCUUACGUAUGUAAGCAAUGUGGGAAAGCUUUCAUCCAACGUGAUGAUUGUUACAGUCAUGAGCGAACUCACACAGGAGAGAAACCAUACAUGUGUGUUCAAUGUGGGAAAACGUUCACUUUUUCCAAAUCCCUUCAGAUACAUGAAAAAAAUCACACUGGAGAGAAACCCUAUAUAUGUAAGCAGUGUGGGAAAGCAUUUACCUGUUCCACAUACCUUCUCAGACAUGAAAGAACUCACAGUGAAAAAAAACUCAGUGGAUACCUCGGUGACUGUCACGUCUUCCGAUCGCAGGCUCCGUGGCGAGGACGCGGGAUGCGCCAGACACGGAGUAUGGAGCCAGUGACCUUUGAGGAUGUGGCCGUGAACUUCACUCUAGGAGAGUGGGCUUUGUUGGAUUCCAGUCAAAAGAAGCUCUACAGAGAUGUGAUGACAGAAACCUUUAUGAACCUGAUCUCCAUAGGGAAAACAGAGGAAAAAGAAAACAUUGAAGACAACCACCAAAAUCUUAGGAAAAAUGUGAGAAUUCAGGUCGUUGAGAGGAAUUGUGACUAUGGAGAUGGUAUUCAGUGUGGAGAGACCCAGAAAUGGAUUGCAGAGCAUAUUGUUCAUAGAGACAUGCAUCCUGCAGUGACAGUAUGUGAAAACAGUGUGCUUGCAAGAGACAUCACUGUUCAUUCACCCUUGCAUGUGCAAUGUGAGACCACAGAGAAAACAUGUGGGUCUCAAGAACAUGUGGAGAAAGCAUUUAUACAUGAGAAAUGUUGGAAAGGUUCCACUUAUUCUGAGUCCAUUCAGACAAAUCAAAGUACUCCUACAGAGACACCCUACCGAAGUAAGCAGUCUAAUGAAGCCUACAGCAGUGGUAAUUCUGAUCAGUAUUGUGAGAGAAUUCACACUGGAGAUAAACUCCAUGAAUGGAAGCAAGUUGAGAAAGCCUUCUGGAGGCCCAGUUAUGCUCAGAUAUAUGAGAGAAUCACCAUUGGAGAGAAACCGUUUCUGUGUAAGCAGUUUGGCGAAGCAUUGCUCACUUCUAGUCAUAUUAUUAAGCAUGAAAUAAUUCUCCCGGAAGAGAAAUGUUAUACAUGUAAGCAGUGUGGAAAAGCGUUCAGAUAUUCCUCAUCACUCCAGAACCAUGAAAGAAUUCAUAGUGGGGAGAGGCCCUAUGUAUGUAAGCAGUGUGGAAAAGCCUUCAUUCGUUCCUAUGAUCUUCUCAUCCAUGAAAGAAUUCACAGUGGAGAAAAGCCUUACACAUGUGAGCAUUGUGGCAAAUCUUUCACCCAUUAUAGCGGCUGGUACAGUCAUGAAAGGAUUCACACUAGAGAGAAACCCUAUGUUUGUACACAGUGUGGGAAAGCAUUUUCAUGUUCCACAUCAUUUCGGAGGCACGAGAGGAUUCACACUGGAGAGAAGCCUUACCUAUGUAAGCACUGUGGCAAGGCCUUCACCCACUCUAGUGCUCGUUACAUUCAUGAGAGAACUCACACUGGAGAGAAACCCUACGUAUGUAAGCACUGUGGGAAGGCUUUCCUCCGGGCCAGUCAUCUUAACAACCACGAGAGAAUUCACACUGGAGAGAAACCCUAUGUUUGUAAGCACUGUGGGAAAGCCUUCAUCCAACGGGAUGCGUGUUAUAAUCAUGAGAGGAUUCACACUGGAGAGAAACCAUAUGUCUGUAAGGAAUGUGGGAAAGCAUUUAGGAUUUCCACAUCCCUUCGUGACCAUGAGAGAAUUCACACUGGAGAAAAACCUUAUAUAUGUAAUUACUGUGGAAAAGCAUUUAGAGUUUCCACAUGCCUCCACAAACAUGAAAGAGCUCACACUGAAAAGAAACCCAGUGGGUAGCAUAUGAAACAGCGUACAUAAUAAUGGAACUGUCAUUGGUCAACCUGCUGUUAUGUAAAAACUGUGUGCAAGGCCAGUGAGAUGGCUCAGGGGUGAAAGCAUGCGCCAAGCUUGAUAGCCUGAGGCGGAGCCUCAGAACCCAUGUGGAGGGAGAGCUGAGUCUCCAGAGUUUUCCUCUGGCUUGCACACCUGCCUUCCUUUGCAGCAUCCUCCCACAGGUGUAUAAAUAAAUGGAAUAAUUGAAAAUACUUUUUUGUUUUCAGACAGUUUUACUAUGUAGCCUUGUCUAUCCUGCAACUUGCUUUGUAGACCAGGCUGGCUUUGAACUCAAAGAUCCACCUGCCUCUACCUCCUGAAUACUGGGAUGAAAGGUGUACGCCACCACUGCCUGGCUUUCAAAUCCACUUUUAAUGCUGUCUUUUAUUUGUAAUUCUGUGUAGGUGUGUGGAUGUGUGCAUGUGAGGGUGGGCCAGCUGGGCCUCUGGAAGAACGGUAUCUGUACUCUAAGCUGCAGAGCCACUUUUCCAGCCCCAUAAAUGUAAUUAUUCUUUAGGCUGGAAAGAAAUAGGUGGAAUAGGAGACGUGAAAAUGUGUAACUUUGCACACCUAUGGAAACUGAAGUUGAGUGGAAACCGGUUCUGCGGUUCAUGAACAGUGCAUUGUGUAGGUUUAUGUGCAUGGGCACCCACAUGCCAGCGUGUACACAGAGAAACAAGGUCUGUUCUGUUCUCUACUGUCGCAGUCAAGUUGCCUUCAAAACAAGUCCGUAACCUGCUGAGGAACCUUGCUGGCCCUGCUUCGUGCCUUUUACUCACGAGGGUAGUAGAAGCUAGGGAAUUGCAAAAUUGAAUACAGUGAAUUUGAACACAGCUGGGAGAGGCAGGAACUCAUUUCAGCCAAAUGAAGAAUUCGGCAUUAAGCAUAUAAGCUGUAUGUUGUCUCAAAUAAUGUGAAAGGGAAUUUUCUUCUGUAUGUUGUAAAAGUAAGAAAUUUGAACACUGAGCAAAUGUUUUCUGGUUUUGUGGAAAUUGAAAAUGUUGGCAUGAUUUUGUCUGUCCUCUCUGCUGUUUGGAACACUGAGGCCACCAAAAUACUGUAUCGAAGAACAAUAGCAACAGCAUAAACUACAUAUGUUGAAGCAAUGUCUUUUAAUUUGCUAAAUAGUUUUAGUAUUGAAAUAAGGUCUCGCUGUGUAGACCGAGCUGGCCUUGGUUUCACACAGACUGCCUCUGCCUCCCAAGAGGGGAUGGAUAUUAAAGGUGUGUGCCGCCAAGCUCAGGCGGUCCAUCUUACUUUAGUGGACAUCUUCUGAAACGCAGGGGUAAUAACGUUUUCUGUUUCGUGUGAGACUGUGUUUGACUCAUGGAAUUCAAGUGCUUUGUAAGUGCUAGUAGACUUGAAUAAUUGUGCUUCAUUUGAAAUUGAAAAUCGGCUGCUUGUUAGUUAGUGUUUUCAGUUGUCCUUACGUGGCCGAUUAUGUUUUUCUUACUAUUCUUAAUUCAUUGGCAGUUUUCUUACAUUUCUGUGUAUG